CAUUGUUUAAAGAAUAUGUAUUUAAUUAAAAAACUCUCUAUUCAUCUAAAGGGUAUAACAAAAAAGGGGGUGUUUUCAGAGGUGGUAGGUGGUAAAAGAAGAGGUCAGCAGGAAGAUGGUGACGAACGACCAAAGACCAAGAUAAAAAGGCAGUCAGGCAAAGAUGAAGAGUAUUAUAUCCCUUACAGACCUAAAGACUUUGACUCUGAGAGAGGGUCGAGUCUCGGUGGAGAGGGCAGUGCUUUUGAACAGCAGGCCUCUUCAGAUGUCCUUGAUCUCAUGGGAGAUGAAGGCGAUCGCCUUAACCAGCAGAAAAAAAUGAUGAAAUGGGACCGUAAGAAGAAGCGUUUUGUGAGAGAAACGGGAAAAGAAGACCAGAAGAAGAAGAUCAAAACAGACAGCGGUCAGGUUAUCAGUAACAAGAAGAACAGGAAGAACUUUUAUGAGGAGUGGAAGAAAAAAUACAAGAUUGAUGAUAAAGGAUCUGGAUCAGACGGAGAAACAGGCGGAGGAGGCAGGAAGCCAGCAAGAGCCUUGCAAGCUAUAACCUCCAACCUCUUUGUUGUGUCGUGCCUCUCCCACGUCGUGGCCAUGGCCGACGAGGUCCAAACGUACAGCGCUCCGGUGACCACAAAGCACGCUCGGAGCUGAAAACAAAGGAUCAGAAAAAGCAGAAGCACCAGUUCCUGCAGGGCGGGGGGAUGAGCAAGCUCCGCUCCAAGAACAAAAAGUGGCUCGGAGAAGUGAAAAAGUCAGGUUUUGGAAGGGGUGGCCAUAAGAAAGGCAAGCUGAGGAAGAAGCUGUGAGGAGGACAGAGGGUUGAUGGUGUGGAGGACAUCACGAGGAAGUAAGCGUCAGAAUCACCUGAGAACAUCACCAAAGGUUUUCCUGGCGCUUUGUGUGACUGUAGAUUAAGGAGAAAAUGAUUUGUGCAUCUUUACACUGCAGAAAUGCACGUCACUUCUUCCUUGAUGGCCUGCUGAACUCUGCGUUUGCCACAGAGUUAUGUUUAAUUAUGAUCCACUAACCUGGAUUUACUACUUGUAAGCAUGCUGGCGGUCUAAUAAAAGUGUUUUGGAGUACUGAAAUAUGUCUUAUC